AUGUUAGCUUCUGUACUCUUUUCUGCAUUCACUGUCGCGCUUGCGGCUGCCGCUCCUGGACCUCAGUCCAAACGACAAGAGGCUCAGGUGGUCUACAGCUGUACGGUGCCCAACACCGUAGCAUUGACUUUUGAUGACGGCCCUUGGGUCUACCUAUACGAUGUCAGCAAGGCACUCGUAGCCAAGGGCGCCAAAGGGACCUUCUUCUUCAACGGGAACAAUUAUGCUUGCAUCUAUGACGCGGACGAACAAAAGCGGGUCAAAUACGCGUAUGAUAACGGGCACCAGGUCGCUUCCCACACUUGGAGCCACAGUGACCUGACGACGUUGUCUUGGGACCAAAUUCACGAUGAAAUGUGGCGCGUAGAACAGGCAUUACAAAGGAUACUUGGCGUCGUCCCGGCGUUCAUGCGUCCACCGUACGGCAACUAUAAUGAUCUAGUCAGGAGUGCUUCCUAUAUCCGAGGCCAGAAACUGGUCAUCUGGGACUUCGACUCGGGUGACUCUGUAGGUGCUUCCGUCGCCGAGAGCAAGGCUCGAUACGAUCAGACAAUCGCUCAGCACCCGAGUACCUUGUUACCGCUGAACCAUGAGACCAUCGAAACUACUGUCCAUCAAGUUCUACCCUACGUCAUUGACCGACUCCAGGCCGCUGGGUAUAGACUCGUAACGCUUGCGGAAUGCCUGGGUGAGCAGCCGUACCAGAGCGUAGGCUCCCCCGGAACCCCCGACGCUUCGUGGACAUGCUGA